AUGUCUUCAUUUGCAAGAAAGCAAUCAAUGGGUGUCAAUCCUUCGGACCGUCAUCACCCUCACACCUUGUCCACUUUGGAUUUCCAAGGUGCAAGCUCAGCAGCAGCAGCAAAAGCAAUGAAAACCGAGUUAAGUCGACUGGUAUCUCAAAUCAAAUCCGAGGAUGAGCGCAAGUUCUUUCAACAAGAAAUGGAUGGAUUUUACAUGCUGUUUACUCGAUUCAUGGAUGAAAAGGCCAAGGGUACCAAAUUGGAUUGGGAUAAGAUUCAAUCACCUUCGCCCGAGCAAAUCGUAUCCUAUCAAGAUUUCUCCAAUUCUGCAACCCCUGAUGAUCUCAAGAAAUUGGCAGUUCUCAAGUUAAAUGGUGGUCUUGGCACAACUAUGGGAUGCGUGGGUCCAAAGUCAGCAAUCGAAGUUCGGGAUGGCAUGACCUUUUUGGAUCUAAGUGUCCGCCAAAUCGAGUAUCUCAACCGGGAACAUGAUGUCGAUGUGCCGCUUAUUCUAAUGAACUCAUUCAAUACGGAUGAAGAAACCCGUCGCAUUGUUCAAAAGUACGCCACUCACAAUGUCUGCAUCACAACUUUCAACCAAAGUCGUCAUCCUCGUAUCAACAAAGAAUCCUUGUUACCCGAGCCACGAUCACCUAAUGGACCCAUCGAUCAAUGGUAUCCGCCAGGACAUGGUGAUUUGUACGAGGCUUUAUACAACUCUGGAUUAUUGGAUAAAUUGCUCAGCGAAGGCAAGGAAUAUCUAUUUGUGUCGAAUGUGGAUAACUUGGGUGCCACUGUGGAUCUCAAGAUUCUUCAUCACAUGGUUGAGAGUGACGCUGAGUUUCUCAUGGAGGUGACCGACAAGACCAAGGCAGACAUCAAGGGUGGUACGCUUGUUGAUUACGAUGGUCAUAUUCGUCUGCUCGAGAUUGCUCAGGUACCUAGUGAGCAUGUGGAGGAUUUCAAGUCUAUCAAGAAAUUCCAAAUUUUCAACACCAACAACUUGUGGAUCAACUUGCGCGCCAUCAAACGAGUACUGGAAGAAGAGUCGAUGGAUCUCGAGAUCAUUGUCAACAACAAAACAAUGGAGAGUGGUGAAAAGGUGAUCCAAUUGGAGACAGCUGUGGGUGCCGCUAUCAAGCAUUUCCGUAAUGCACAUGGUGUCAAUGUACCUCGUGCUCGCUUUUUGCCUGUCAAAUCCACCUCAGAUCUUUUCCUUGUCACCUCUAAUUUAUACUCGCUUGUGCAUGGCCAAUUGGAAAUCAACCCCAAACGCAUGUUCAAUACCGUUCCUCUCGUCAAGUUGGGUGACCAUUUCAAAAAGGUCAGCCACUUUUUAUCUCGAUUCAAGACCAUUCCCCAUAUUUUGGAGCUGGAUCAUCUCACGGUGACAGGUGAUGUCACUUUUGGUGCCAAAGUUGAAUUAAGAGGCACUGUGAUUAUCGUUGCCAACCAUGGAGAUAGGAUCGAUAUCCCUUCUGGAGCAGUAUUAGAGAAUAAGGUGAUUACAGGCAACCUUCGUAUCCUGGAUCAUUAA